AUAGCUUCACUCAGUCCAGCCAGCUGAUGACCCAUCAGUGAUAUUGCAUAGGAGAGCUCAGUCACUCUGCUGAUGACCCCUCAAGUUGCCCAUAGACGGAUGCUUUUUCAUUAUGUUUGUGUGCCUGUGUUGUUCCUUGUCUGUUCCCCCGAAAAUAAAUAGUUUGAAAACAAGGCUAAAUUUGUCACCAGCUCAUACAUAGUAAUUGUAAGGUCAACUAACUGUCUUUUACUUCCUAGUGGAAAACUAGGCGAUCAUCACCGGUGAGAGUGUGUGUGUGUGGUUUCUCACCUGUAGGCGCUCCCUUUCAGGAGAACAAAAAUGUUUGGGGCUUGACACUUUCCAUAGGCAAAUGACAUUGCAGAGGUCUUGUGCCUUGGCUCUUGCCAGUGGCAUGGCUAUAGGUGUCCUAGCCGAGGCCUGUUCAAAAUGCUAUUGAGACGUGUUUUGUUGGCCGGCGCCAAAUUACCUUGUCUUGGGUAUUUUGAAUUGCAAGACGAUCUUGGAAAGCUCUGUUUUAUAUUGGCCUGUCAUGGAAAAUGAAUUGCAAUUCGGCGAAGAGAGAAGCUGUGAAAGUUACUGCUUGUGUGUAUUUAAAAUUUUUGUCAUUGAAAACAUUUCAGUGUUAAAAAAAAUGUACUAUCUACUUGUCUGUAAAAUGAGCAAUAGCUACUUUUAAUUUGAAAAGCUCAAACCGGAAGAGUGCCUUUAUUUCCGGAAGUAACUGAGGUUCACGGAAGUUUGCGCCUCUGCCCAUAGGAGUUCUGUUGGUGUUCAUUUUUGGAAGUAACUACAACCCCGUGGAGCCGAGAUCAAAUAAAAGAUUUUUUCUCAUUUGUAGGACUACUUUUUAGACUAUGCGCUUACUAAUACGAAACCGCAGUGGCAAGUUCUGAAUGCUGUCCAGUGGUGAGUGUGUAUGGUUUCACAUCCAUAUAUUUUCUUGCAAACAUGUUUUGAAUGACAUUAGUCGAGGCAAUUAGCAGACUCUCUUAGCCAGAACGAUUUACACGAAUUAGUUCUUCGCUACAUGCAAUCCGUUUAAACGGUUUGAUUUUUUUAUGAAAGAAACUGAGGUUAAAGGCAUACUAUACACGAUUUUUACCUUUAAAAUAUAAAAUAACCAUGCUCAGUCGUAUUGGUAAUCUCUUUUUACAACUGCUCGUUUCGUGCGACUUGUAUCUAGAUUGUAUUCGUAUUUAACCACGUUGCAUUUACACUUGGUGGUCGCAUGCGUCGGUUUGAAAUCCGAUUGUUGUUUUGCCAGUAAAAUACAAACACUGACAACGCUCUUCCUGUUUUGUUCGUCUCUCGACCAUUACUUUUCAGUUUUUACUCUCUCCUCCAGUUACCCAUUACCAUUAGUCUCCUACCCGGAAGUAUGUGGAGGAAAACAGAACGAGGAUGCAUUUUGAAAAUGUCAUCACUCAUCAAAGCAUAAUCAUAAGCGAUGUUUUUGCCGAGCCCACGAAUAGUUCCGUCGCCAACAGAUGUUACACAUGGUCAGCGCAUAAAGCUGUAAAAUAGCUUGUCAAUUUGAAUCACAAUUAGUUGCAUGUGCAAUAGGAUGUACAAAAACGAACGUGACAAUCUGGAUCCGGCAACGUUAGAUCUAAAUAAACAUCUCGUAGUAUACAAACACAACGAUUUACUGUAAUUACACAAUCCCGAUGUGCGUAAUGUUCGAACAUACAGAGAACUUCCACCUCAGGUGUACUGUAGCUAUACUAUGACAGCCUACAUUCUAUUGGCAGUUCAUUACACCUCACAAGCUAAUUCAGAAAUAUUUCUGUAGGUUAGUGAAACGAAAACGUCUCUUCAUAUUAUCCAAGUUAUUGUUUCCGAAUUCUCUUCCUGUAACUGUGGUUUCACAAUUCUCUUCCUUCUUCCCAGUCUUAAAUCGCCGUGGAUAUAAUUGGAUAUGAGCCACAUAAACAAACCGACAUUGUGUUAUCCGUUGUAGGAAAUCUUUCCUUCAGGUGAGAUGCUAUGUGUGAUGAUAACCUAUGGAAUCACACAAGUUUGGCUGAAUAUCUGGCAUAAUUGGGGAAAUUCAAGUUCUCCACCAUCUCCACUUCCUAAUAACUGGAUAUACCUUUUAAACCUUGAAUCAGACAAAAACUAAGCAGAUGAGUAUGUGAACAAUGUUGCCCAGGACACAACCACUCCAUGUACAUGCAGUGCAAAACAACUCUCCAGCUUUUAAGGAGGAGUUUUGUUUGUGUUGUGUGUCUAUGAGAGACUGAUGCGUUUACACUUGUAUAACAUUUGUCUCAAAUGUCCCUCAGGCCACCUCCUGAAGCGGUUUAGGCGAUCGGAUUUGCAUCUGUUCCUAAUGAGUCUUGGGUGGAUUCACACCUGCAUUUUUAUGUGGAUAAUCCCUUUCUGGAUGUAAUCUGGAAGCUCAAAGAAGCAUGAAACGACCAGGUUUUAAGGGGUCUCUGUCUCCAGGCACGUUUACUGAAUCCGUGCUCCUCUGCCUGCAUUAAUUCUAAAAAUGUGUUCGGGACGUUUCUGGGCGUGACUGAGCGGAGCGUAUGUACCUAGUUAGCUACUGCAAUGGAGGAGGCGAAGAAGCACAAGUACAGCGAAGCAAAACGACAAGCCGACAGGGCUCGUUCCAAAACCAGAGUCAACCUUGGAAUUGCGUUUCCUCGAUGGCGACAGUUGAAGUUCACCAAGGGGAUGAAAAGCGACGCAGACUUGGCAUGUUUUCUGUUGGACCUAGCGGUGAAGAGAUGGCCGAUUUCGCUGGUAAGCGCAAAGCUCCCCCAGAGAGCCAGCUGAGCCCUGCCACCUCUAGACACAGGAAUACCCGCUAUCCAUCUCAAAAGCUGAACGAUAGAAGUCGCGGGAAAACGAGAGUCAACAUCGGUCUGGCUUUUGGUCGGUGGAGGGAGCUGAGGGAGAUAGAAGGGCUGAGAAAUGACGCAGAGUUGGCUGCCCUUCUUCUCGACAGCUAUGAAAGUAGCCUACCGAACUCCACACCCUCAAAAACACAAAAACAGAAGGUCCACUCCACUCCAGCCCCAGCCCUGUCAAGCACCGAUUCGCUUUUUCCAGAUCGCAGAUUUGUGGAUUCCACGGAGCUCACUGAAGUAAAUAUCCAAUCAGAUUCAGUGCUUCAUUCUCCAAGAACUUUAAGCCCCGUCUCUUCAGGUGAAGACAUGAAGACAGAGCCCGUGACGGACAACAAAGAUUACGCAGUGGUGGUUUUGGAAUCCAGUUUUAUUAAAAGUGAAGAAAUAGAGGAGAGUAUAGAGAGGAAGAAUGGAUAUGGGAUGAGCAGGGAGGAAAAACUUGUUUUCUCCAACAUAAAGGAAGAGGAGGAGGAAGGUGGGGAGAGGCAAAGUGCGGUGGUGAAGAGGGAGGAUGCAGAGGUGAAGAGGGAGGAUGGUGUAAAAGUUGAAGAUGUUGAAGGCCAUGAGUGGAAAGUAGAAAAAGAGUGGGAUGGAGAUGAAAUGAAACAAACUGACAGAGCACUGAAAGAAGAUGGCCUAUCAGACUGCAGGAAACAGGAACAGGAGGGCUCGUCACCUCCAGUUACUUCCUGUCUGCUCAAACAGCCUAGAGUACCCUCCCCUGGAUCUUCUGUCACUUCCUCCAGUUGACGUAACUCAGGUGAAGAUUCAUUUCCUGAUUGGUGUUCCAUUAGAGCAUUGUUAAUCUGAAGCAGGUGUCCAGUCUCAUAACUAGUGUCAAACAUGCCAAUACUAAUGUUAUGGAUUGGGUUGACACGGGGCUCUACGCUAGUGCUCCUAAGUUGAAAAAUUUAGGAGCACACUAAUGUAUCACAAUAAUACAUGUGUUCCUAAAUUAUUUUUCCAGUUAGCCCAUGAAAAUGCAUUACAGAACCCUGUGACUUAAUGUGGGUUUCUACAAAAUUAAUCUCCUACAGUUUUGGUGCCACUGCAGCACUAAUCUUUGUCCAGUUAUUGUGCUGUUUCCACCCUGAGUUGUUUUGUAUCUUAUCUUAACCGCAUUGUACUUCUGAUUUUUUAAAAAGGCUUAAUUAAUUGAAUGUUCCCCACUUGUUGUAAUUUUUGGAUUUCUUUGCAUUCUCUGAAUUUGAAACUGGCAUUGCUCAGGCUCGCAGUUGAAUUUUGAAAAGUGAUUUUUGAAAAGUCUUUCUUUGGCAGAUUUAGGAAAAGCUAUCUACCUUUGCAGUUGGGAAACUGUAAAAAUGCGUAGCAAAUAAUUCUGUUUGAAAAACUGGAACAGAAUGUAAAUGGUAGAUCAAAGUCUGCUUGAAACAGUUACAUAAAUUCCACAGUUGUUCCUCAAAUCAUGAUCCCCAAGGACUGAGAACUGUAAGUUUUCCACCAUCUGUUUAUCUGGGAGUCAGGUGUGAAGGCAAUCUGGACAAUCAGUGGCACUAAUUGUUCAGUUAAUUACCUGAGAGGAAAGAAAAAAAGGACUUUUUAUAUUCAAACCUUGGACUCAAGGGCCAGGUUUAUUUAUUUAUAAUAAUUUUUUAAUUAUGGUAUGACAUUUAAAUUGAAUGUUUUGGAUGUUAAAAUAAUCAGUCUGCUAAAGCUAACUGUAGCCAGUAGCUCCAUGGGUAGGCAUGCAGUAAGUGAUUUUGGGUUAUGCCAGGAAAAUGCAUUUCGUUGCUCUCAAGCGACCCCUGCUGGUUAACCGGGUAGCUGCGGACUGCAUGGCAAAAGCCACACAUGAAAGGUCUUCCUCCGACUCAUGCUUGGCUUGUGGGCUGUGGUGUGAAAAUAACACUGCCUGUUUUGGAGGAGAACCACGGAUGUCUGUUCUCUCCUGACUAGGUAGUGGGGUUUGACAUGUUAAGCCCCACGUUGAGCACCAAUAUUUCUUAUCAAAAAUAUAAUAAAAUGAAAAUGUUUGUAUA